UGUGCACCUUGAUCUGGGGCUUCAAAGUCCUCUUUCUAAUGAUAUCGUGCAGAUUAAUGCAAGUUUCCCCCACUGAAGGAAAAGGUGAAAUUCUUCCUCCAACCAUACAGAAAAUAAUGAAAGGAUAUAACAAGUACCUGCGCCCAUUUUUUGACAAUGGCCCUGUCUCAGUAGGAAUGAGUAUGGAUAUAGCAAGCAUCGAUACAAUAUCAGAAAUAAACAUGGAUUAUACAGCUACUAUAUUCCUAAGACAGCGAUGGACUGAUGAUCGCCUUUGUUUUGAUGGUAACAAGAGCUUAAGCUUAGAUGGUCGUCUUGUAGAAAUGCUUUGGGUACCAGACACCUUUAUAGUGGACUCAAAAAAGUCUUUCCUUCAUGAUAUUACUGUUGAAAACCGUCUAAUAAGAAUAUACCCCAAUGGAACGGUCCUUUAUGCCAUACGGAUAACAACAACAGUUACAUGUAGUAUGGAUUUGACGAAAUACCCUAUGGACAAACAGACAUGCACUUUGCAACUGGAAAGCUGGGGUUAUAACAUUAAUGAUGUCAUGUUUUACUGGACAAGAGGAAAUGAUUCUGUUAAAGGUUUGGACAUGAUUCAAUUGGCACAGUACACGGUAGAAGAUCACUACACCUCUGUAUCUGAAGCCGUCUAUGAAACAGGACACUAUCCAAAAUUAGUCUUCCAUUUUGAACUCAAGAGGAACAUUCUGUAUUUCAUCCUUGAGACUUAUGUACCAUCUAGCCUACUGGUGGUGCUCUCCUGGGUAUCAUUCUGGAUAAGCCAGUCAUCCGUUCCAGCCAGAAUCUGCAUAGGUGUAACAACGGUACUCACCAUGACAACCCUUAUGAUGGGAGCUCGAACAUCCCUUCCAAAUGCUAACUGCUUCAUCAAGGCAAUUGAUGUCUAUUUGGGCAUUUGUUUUACUUUCAUCUUUGGGGCAUUACUGGAGUAUGCAGUUGCUCACUUCUGUACCUUUAAUAGAGCUGGUGUGAAGAAACUCACCAAGGAAACGGAUGAAGAAGCCGAGGAGGAGAUCAAUGGAGUCCUUUCAGCAAUUGCCAACAGUUGCAAGGCUGAUAAGAUUCGCAAGGUUAAUUCAGAAAAGUUAGGCAAAAUGCCCCUCAGCAGAAGAGAGGAGGAAAGUAAACACAGAAGAUGUCGCUCACCAACAAGAGUGAUGAAAGGAUUUUGCUAUAUAUUUGACUGCUUCCAUGUUAAAGACCCAUAUCACAUAGACAAUUAUGCCCGGAUUUCUUUUCCAUUAUUGUUUAUCAUCAUAAAUGUUUUUUAUUGGGUGUAUUAUUUAUGUUUCUAA